CUUGCUCCCGGGUGCAGAAGGCAGAUAGAUGCCAUUUCUGAUCCGACAAGGCGUGCAACGGAGCCGUGUCGUGUAGAGAACAGGGGUACAGUUUUUAAUGCUUUCAAGCUUUCCGCGAAGAGCAUCGCAGUGCUGAAUAUCUUUUGACGGCUGAAAUUGUACGACUACUGGGAGACGUAAGCUCAAGAGAGCCACCGCUCAGACCAUGCCGGACUCUAGCAAGAAGAAGUCCAUGCGCCUGAGCUUCAAAGGCGAGGCAAAAAAGAAGCACAAGCCCAGAUCGACGUCGUCUUCGGGUGGUCCAUCAUCAAAAGCGGAUGGAAAGCGCAAGAGAAGCCCCGAGAGCGACGCUGAAGAGUAUGGUGGCGAUGAACAAGCUUGGGUUCCGGCAGAAUCCGCAAUCGACGUCAAUGGCCCUUGCUUUCUCUUCCAGGAGCUGCAAGACCCUUCCUCCUCGAAGCCAAUUCCUUACACAUUGCAAUUUAACUCAACAUUGCAGUCCAUCGUCCCGAUCUCGAUAGCCCCGCCGGAUUUGGGUAAUCAGCAAAUACUGCUCACCGGAGAGGAGGGCGGCGAGGAAGCGGGAGCGAUGAUCGCUGCCAUCGAAGUGAGCCCCACGCAUGUGCACCAGGUGUGGGUCGCCAACCGCGUCGCUGGCAGCACUACGUGGUCUUUCAAGAGCGGUGCAGAAGGGCGCUUCAUUGGGGCGGACAAGCAUGGUGCAAUACAUGCUGAAUCCGAAGCACGUGGUCCGCAAGAAGGGUGGGAGAUCGAGCCGAUACGCAGUGGAGCAGGAGGUUUGGCUGUGAAGAGCGCCGUGCAUGGCCGAUACCUCACCCUCGGAACGGUCGCGGGAGGCAAGACGGUGCUGCGCGCUGACGCCGAUCGCGCGGAAGAGUGCGCGUGGCAGGUGCGGGUGCAGUGGAAGUACCGACACCAGGCACGGCAAGAAGCGCGCGCCAAGAUGGAGGUGAGCAGUUCCGGGCUCAUGAAGAGAUACGAUCCAGCUGCGAUGCAAGCACAAGGGGGCAUGGUAAUGGGAGGUGGAAACAAACCAAGAUCGGCGGAAAUACUGUUAGAGAUGCGAGCGAAAAAAAAGAGUGACCGGUAUGCCAAGUGAUACCAUAUGUACUGCGCCAUCACGAAAUCUUGAUCAGCAGCUUGCCCGUCGUUCCUCGGCUCGUAAUGUCGAUCUGGCUCUGCUUAAUGCCCUCGGCGCUGAACGAAUAGUCCUUGUGCACGCUCAACUUGAUGACGCUUUUGGCAAGAAGCUCCCACAGCUCAUUGCUGUAGCGAUCAAGCUCCUCCCGUGUCACAACAUAGUUUCCGAGUGUGGGGCGGACGACUGCAGGCUCAUUGUCAGCCCAAUGUAGAAAAGGAAUAUCACGAGAAUGAUUUUUUGGCUCUG